AAAGCGAGAAAAUAUCGAAAACGGCCGAGAAGUACCACUGUCCCUUAGCGGUUUCGCUUAAGAUUUUCGCGAGGCUUAACAUUGCCGCCCGAUCUUAUUCCUCGCGGAAUCUAGUGGGCGCAGGAUUAUCAUUUGGCUGCAAAUGGAAAAUAUUUGCCAAUAUUCGGCGAACGUUCCCAAAUAUUCUCCCAAUAUUCUCAAAGAUUCGCAAAGUAUUCGAAUACUACGAAGCAUUCACAAAAAGAAGACGAAAAAGAAAAAGACUGCCGCAACGUCUCCGACAAAAAUCGCCGCAAGGUUUUCCCGGCUCUCCUUAUCGGUUUCGCUUCCUCCUAUUCUUCCAAAAGAUUUGCCACAAACGGGAGGCCUCGCCGGUCCUCACGUCGCGGCGUUUCGAUGAAACCUUGCGCCACACUUUGCGGCACGCUGCGGCAUUUUUUGUCGCAAAUAGGAAAAAAUCCAAAGCAUAUUAUUGGUUACUCGCCCGUCGCGCCGGUCCUCCACACCCUGAUCUAGGCACGUGGCAGCCCGAAACUACGGCGCCUUCGCGUGCGUCCCACUCUGGAGACGCGCCCUAGGGUGAUGGCCGGUCGGCUGCAGCAGGCCGCGUACGGAAGUGCAGCUUCCCGUUGACAGGCCCACGACGCGAGCCGCCUCUUGCGGCGGUUCUUUCUGCUUCUUUUGGGACCUCAGUCAACUCUUUUCCAGUUAGCGACCCUUUUCCAGUCAGCGGUAAAAUCUCGACUCGGGCCGCGACGGGUGCAUGCUCGUGUCUUGUUUCUUCCUAGUGUUGAAUCGCGCAUGCAGAUGCGCACGGGUCGAAGGCCCAGCACAUACGCAGUUCAGCGAUGGGCCCCUCGACAAAAUUCGGGAGUCGUGCGCGAUUGCUCUUUCGGCCACGCCGGAUGCUUUACUAACACUCCGUGCGCAGGAACACGCGCUGCCGACCGUGACGGAACGGCGAUGUAGAUCGAGACCAGUUGUAACGCUUUGCGAAGGAAGCGAUGCAGAAAGCUUGAAACGCUAGUUUUCUCAAAGCUUUUCCAAUUACGCUUCCAACAUCGUUUUCGAGAUUUCCAAUUACAGGGUGCUACGGAUAAGAAAGAGUUUUUUGCAAGGAAAGAGAAGACGACUUAGGCUCGGACGAAUCAAAAACUUCGACGUUUCAGUUUGUAAAGUUGACGCAGGUUGGUAGCCCUCAUCGUCGUGCUUCGAGGGAGAGCGUCGCUUUUCAAAUGUCGGGCAGAUCAUUCUGCAUCGCUGCCUGUUAAUGAUCAACAUUUAGGAUAUGUCGUCGGAUCAUGUACUUGUCGUUGCACUGACACGAGAGGAAUGCAUUGACCAGCAGUAGAUCUCGCUCGGUAGAAAGAGAAGCCGCGUUCCAGAGGCCUCGUUAACCGCUCUCGGACGUCCACCCGCUCUACGACUCUGUGGCUUUCGGCUGCAUACCUUUAGAUGAGUCGACGAUCCCUGUCGUUUUUAGGCCCCCUGUUUAUUAAGCUCGCACCAUUUCGUAUUUGACUUUGCAGUCCCUAUCUUUAUCUGUGAUAACGCCACUUGGUAGACAACCGACCGUAGACCAAAAAGUUGUGUGUUGUACAUUUAAGGGUGUUUGUUAGGAGGUAAAGUUUACCAUGCCGAAAAUUAGUAGAUUUAGCACGGUGUUAGAUUAUUACCAAGUGAGAAGGAUAUCUUCCUCUUGCGGAACAUGCCAUUCGGUCUGCAACCGCUCCUGCCGUAGCUGAGUCCUCAAGCUUUUCGUGGAGCAUUUUUGUGUGGCUUUUGCGGAAGUUGGUGGUGGGCGACACAAGAAUGACAAGUCCACAGGAAAACGUCGUAGCCGGCGAUCAGCCACCGCCACCGAGUAAUCUUGAACCGGCUGGAGUGACGCCUCCAGCUCCGAAACCUUUACCACCGCCGUCAAUAUCUGCUCCCGUUCUCGCAGGCUUUGAAAAUGGAGCAUGGUUCUUCUGGUACUACGUUACCAUAACGUCGUGAAUAUUUGAGAGUAUCUCGGAGCGCCCUGUUUGGUAGUGUCAUGGAUAUCCUUGUAUCAUCAUUUCAAUCUCACUGAGAAGUCUAUUCUGAGUAUCGUGCCUGAUGUUUUUUCACUGGGCAACAUCAAAAAGAGUUUUAAAGCCGUUGUUUGCUCUCGAAGAAAUAGGAUGAACAGAGUAAAAUCACUAAUACAUGCGUUGUCAACAGGGUGGGCGUCGUCGCGAAUUUCAUGCUGACCGUAGUACUGGUCCUAGCAGUGAGUUUGGUGCGUGGAAUCGUCGAGAAAAGAGCACGCGACAAGGAGCGCGUGCUGGGAGCACCGCUCUCCGUAAGGCAUUACAGACAAAGGAAUGCGGUGGUAUUCCUGCGAUUGUGGGUGAAUUUCAAUAUCGUAGUGCUGCAGCACGCGCUAAUCACAUUCGGAAUUGUCCUCCUCAUUAUGGAUUCAUGCGAGUUGUAGCAUGGGCGAAAAGACAAAUGAUAGUGUUACACUAAUACAUAGUCCUACUCCUAGAGAAAACUGAUAAAUCUAAUGACCAUCAUCUCUGCACGAAUUGCUAGAGAGGCUUAUAGGAACUAUGGCAUAGCCAGUAUUAGAUGCAUUCUUGUCGGCAUCCGCAAGAAUGAGAUUCCUAAGCAGGUCAGACUCCUAGGCGGGCACGUGAUUGAGUACCUGUAUUCAUUAAUCAAAUAAAGGACUACUAAUGUGAUAUUAUAUUCUUGAAAGUAAUCCGCGCGUCAUCAUUUCGAGGUGCUUGAGCUAAUUUUUACGUCCAUACUAAGUUACUGUUACGAUAUAUUGCUAGGUUAGUAGUUGGGAUCGUUUUCAAACUCAGACUACCUUAUGAUAUAUGCCAUAGCACUCAGUGACGUGGCAUAUAUGUUCCAGGGCGCAGGGUAGCGGCCCCCCUAGCGUAGGGGGGGGCGUGGAUCCCCGGCCCCUUUUGAAGGCGUCGGCCAGGGGUGGAAGGCUUCCAAAGGGGUCCAAGGCACCUCCCCCGCCCCCUUCCAGCUGCCUGCGUGUAGCCUACAGACCCCCUAUGUGCUUCGCCGCCGCCGCAGUGCGCCGGGUGCGCAAGGCCUCCGAAGGCGGCAAAAGGCGCAAGGCUGGACUCCCUGAGCCGUGUGGCCUGUACCCUCCGGGCCCUUGGUCAUCGGCCUGCUUGCUCUUGAGACCGUGGCCGCCUUCGGCGGCCUUCUACCCCGGAGACCUCCAGCCUGCAAGGAUAAGCAGAGGCCAGAGGGUCCCUUAGGAACACGCAGAGAGGCGCAAGGGGACGCCCGCGCCCAGUUUUGACGCCUUCCACCCCGAGAACCCGCAAAAAGCAGCGCGGAAAAGAGCGCGCAAGCGCCACCCCAGGACCAGCCACGGGGGCGCGUGCGUCCCUGUAUCAUGUAUCAUAAGUUCGGAGGCUUUAGCGGUAGGUUUUAAUCACACCCGAUUCAUGGCUGCCGUGGGUUUCGGAUCAGCGAAGCCUGAGAAACAUCCACUCGCGGCCCAGGUUCGAGAUGCCGUGCGCUACGUUCUCGCAGGCACCUCCUUUCACGAGGUAGACCCAGAAAUUCAAGUGACGGCGCAGAGAGAGUUGUUUUUGGCCUACUGUUACGGCCUUCUAUAAAUACCUUGUAUAAAUAUGAGUACUUAUGGGGCUGACUUUGACAACAACAAAAAUACUAGUUAGAAAAGUAGUCCUUAAGAGCUCCUCCUUAAGGACAGAAAUAGUGAUGGAGUAGUGGAUCCCAAGGACUAGCAAUAUGACGCGUGAAUUAUCCAAGAGCGCUGUUUGCAUCGGCUGUUACUACUUCAUUUCCGCAUGAUUGCACUUUUGAGAAGCGAUACGAAGAAUGUAUGGGAAUGGUUGAAGUAAGGAUGAUUUUAAUCAUAUAGGGGGUGAAAUAUAUUUAUCAGUAGUUGUGCACUAAGGUGAGGCAUUCCUCUAUGCGUGGCUGCUGCUGUGCCACCGCGCAGACCUGGGCACGAUGAGUAAAUUCCCCUGCGGCGUGAACGCCAACCCGACGCACGUUUUUGUCACGCGGAAUUCCGCCGACGAUUCGUACGCAAUCAACUCGGAUCAGGACUACGACCCUGACGACCUCUACCAGGGCGAGUCAGCGGAAAGCUUUCAGUCCAUUGCGUCUUUAUGGCAUUCACUAGACCAUGUGGCGUACUACCUUGACGUAUUGAAGACUGCGCCAUGCGUCACAAUUUAUCUUCAAGCACUUUUAGAGGAAGGUAGUAUAAUUUUGAUCGAACUUCUCUGAACAAAAAGCUCCUCUGCUAGUGCUAUUAUUCCUGCAAGAACUCUUUCUGCUCUAACAUAGGCCUUUAGUUCGUCUGCGGCUCAGGAGCGGGAUCCAGGCAUCUUGCGGCAUCUAGCGCGGUACUUCGUGAAUCCCGGAGACGAAGGAGAGUUCUGCAGAAUUCAGACGGUUUCUGCUUCGGCGGCAGAAACUAGGAAUGAAAACAGGGCACCAAGCUAUGAACAUGAUCCAUUUAGCGUCUUCAUUCUGAAAAAUCUAUUCGAAAUUCUAACCUAGUCGCGCUGUUCACAUUCAGGUGGUCUAAUUCUGGUCUUCUCUGUAGUGCUCAAUCUGAUCAUGGAUCACCUGUUUUCGUUCUUGAAAGCGUCCCAAAAAAACAGGGGCGGUGCGCUCUUGUUCAAAGAUUGGGCAUGGGUGUCUGCUUGCGCAGAUUCUCAUUACUCAACAAGUAGAUAACCGGUUGAUUAUGUCCUCCCCUCGAACAUUUCCUUUCACGACCUCAUAUGCUACCGAAUAUGCUAGCUACGACCUAGUAAAAGAAAUCAGAUCACCUAGUAUUUCCUGGCUGUGGAUGGGAGUAGCCGCUGGAGCAGGCCUCUUCGUCAAGUCGGAAAGUGGAUGAAAAUCCAGUCUAAUUCAGCACGAGGUCGAGUUCGGGGUCAAUGUACCCGGUCGGCCAACGCGGGAGUGGGAAAGGUAUGCAGGGUCUUCAGACAUCGCAGUUUGUCUACCAUUGUAGCCUCUUCGUGCGGUCGCCAGACGGCAUGAGUUGGCGCCAACACACUCAAGCGGUUUCCGCCGACGAGUUAUUCGACAAGCUUCUGAUGUUAAGACCGGACGAAGUCUUGGUUGUAUCGGCGACCUUGUCACUUUGCAUCAGUAAAAUAUACAUUAUAUAUGGACGUGGAGCAGAACGUGUUCUAAAAACUUCCCUUUUAUUUCUGGUUAGGCCCCACCCUACAAAUUGUAAUGGCACUACUUCAAAAAACUUGUUGUACGAGCAGAAAUGACAAGAAGUUUUAUUUAGACGCAGAGAAAAAUAUGUUAUUCGAGUGUCCCGGAUGGCCUUCCGUUGUUUCUUCAGAGAUUUCAACGAAAUGCGGAUGUCCUUCUAAUCGUAGCACCGGAAUCGAGUGGUAAGCCUGCAAGUUACCACAAGUAUGGGCUGACCACAGAGGGAGUGCAGCUAUCGCGCGAACGGUACGGGAGCAACAACGUGAGCCCGCCACAGAAGUCAACAAUGGCUUUGUUCUACGAAAAAUGUACGCAGGGAUUCUUUUUCUCUUUCUCGUUGCAGUCCGUUUAUUUGCAGAUGAACAACUUUUUGAUUCACGUGACCGCGAGCUACGCGAUCUGGUUCUUGUGGAACAAGGUGAGCGAGGCUUUGCACGCAUCAAAAAGUACCGCGGAAAUGGUGAGGACCUUCGAGCCACCUGCAGACACGCAAGUGAGCGUAGUGCGGAACAGCGAGGUGAAGCUGAUCAAACCGUCCCAGAUCGUUGUCGGCGACGUCGUUGAGCUGCGGGCGGGGGACACCCUCGCUUUUGAUGGACUGCUGCUAGCGGGCAACGUGACCAUGAAUGAAGCCGGGCGGACAGGAGAGUGCAUGCCGGUGAACAAGGUGCCCAUCGACUUCGCAGCAGCGGACUCGCAGAAACGCGGCCGGCUAACGACCUCACUGCCGUCACCAAGGGAAUCCGUCGCUGCAACUGCACCUGAGGCAGGGAAGCGCCUGAUGCGGCAAAGGUCUACGAGCCGUUUCAACGGCGCACUUGUCAAAGAUGAAACAGCAGAUAUGCUGAAGUUCGACAGUUCCAACAUGGUCUACGCGGGUACCGUGGUGAACAGAGUGCUUGUUCCCGACAAGAAAAUCCACAAAAACCCUCGAGCAUCAGUUUCUGGCAAAGACGACGCCGCAGCUACAACUCCCUACACCGCGUUCGCCGUCGUAAAGGCCAUUGGCACCGGGACCCACCGAGGCGAGCUUACGCGGGAUAUGUUCUUCCCCGACGUUACCAGUCACGUGGUGGAGCUCGAAGAGGAGCUGGCCCUGCUGUAUAUUCUCAAUGUUUUCUGCGUUUGUGUUUUUACCGUGUUUUUCUUCUUUUGGAAUUGGAACCGGCAGCCCUUUUACGUUAUUUGUUGGCUUAGUGUCACAACCCUGAACCAGCUGCUGCACCCCUUUUUGCCGGUUGCGUGGGGACUGAGUUCGAGAAGCGCAUGCAAGCGUCUGAAGGAGAAAAACGUUCAGGUUCUCGAGCCCGAGCGCCUCGCGCUGGCUGGAAUGUGUGACUACUUCGUCUUCGACAAAACUGGAACCCUCACGGAGGAAAGCAUGAUCUUCGACGGCCUUACGAACGUCUGCGAAGACAAGGUACUGACACUUGUCCCUUUGUUGCAGCUAGUGACUCCCAAAACGAUGCACUCGUGAAUGCGCAUAAAUAAGAUUAUUCGUACCUCUCGCUGCGUCUUGCAUUUUUUUUUGAAUCGCCGUAGCUACCCAACUCGAAAUGUUGACAAAAGUGUCUCGUCAUCAUCCAUCCCAAGAUGCGUUCAUCGAAGGUCUUUUAUGAUGUAUUUUCUCCGAGUGUUGGUCUUUAAGAUUUUUUGGAGUAUUAUGAAUAUAUAAGCUGAUCCUUCGAAGUGGCUCGGUCAUUCUGUGGAAUACAAGCUCUUUCCUUCAAUGAGAACGAAGCUUCGGAUUAUGCAUGCUGAUUUCUCUUUUUCUGAUCUCAACAAGGUCUGCCGAGCUUUCUCCUUGGCCGCGGCCGAAAAGGCGCUUGGCAGCACGUCGAAGGGCAAAAGCGAUGAGGGGCUCUACGGAAACGCGUUGCAGAAGUUUCAGCUGUGGCUAGGAUUGGACGGUCUGCGCAGCCUGGAAUGCCUAGCCUGCUGCAAUACGCUUUUUCUGCAGGAGGGCGGAAGGCCCGAGGGGCAUCCCGUGGAGAUGCAGAUGCUCGAGGCAAGUGGGUGGCGGCUGGACAUGGUAACCUCGACGGAGUCCAGAGUGGUAGUGCAGACUCCAGCGUUGCGCAUGGCCAUACGGUUGAAACGCAAGUGGAAGUUCGACGCUAAGACCACCAUACAAGUUGUGCUGGUGUACGUAGAGGAAGCGACUGCGGCGGAAGUCGACGGGGGCGGAGGGGGCAAGGGCUUGCUCAACUCCCACAGGCAAAUGAUCGCAGAUGAACAAGGAAAAUGGUUCGCUUUUGUGAAGGGCAGCAUGGAGGCGAUUGCCUCCAUUUGCAGUCGCAAUGGGAAGGGUCGCAGUGCAACCGCCGUUGCUCACAAGGAGGCGGUAGCGCACAUGAAGCAGGGGAAGUACGUCAUAGCGAUGGCCUGCGCGGAGAUACCGAAGGCUGAGGCGCUAAAGUUCAAUCUGGCAACGCUGCACAGGCAGGAGCUGGAGGCGCGGACGGAUUUUGUGCCCAUAUCUCUGCUGAUGUUCGGCAACAAAGUGAAGGACGAAACGCCCAAGCUGCUGGCCGCACUGCAGCGGGGUGGUGUGAAGCCCCUGAUGUGCUCCGGGGACGCGCUGUACACCUCCGCGAAAAUUGCGCUUGACUGCGGCUUGUUGCCCAACGUGGAAACGCUCCAGCAGCUGUCGAAGGAAGAUGGGGUGCCCUUCUCGGUCCCGGGCUCGCGCCUCUCGUUCAACGAUAUUGCCAGCACAACGAAGCAGCAACUUGACGAACAAGAGUACUACUCGGACAACGAAGAGAAACCGCUGCUAGAACGGGACGACAGCGGCGAGGCGGUGAUGUGGGUCCUGGAUAUGAGCGAGGAAAAGGUUCUGGCGUUCGAUGGAUGCGUCCCAGAGCUGCGCUCGCUAAGCAGCGACCGCGUCGAGUCGUGGAUCGUUUUCCGAAGCGCGAUUUUUGCUUUUUCCGAGGAGCGGAGUUGGCCGUUGACACGAGGCCUCGCGAUAUCGCAGAAGUGUUUCGACUGGCUCGAGGAGAACGACCUACCCGCGCUCAUGGCGCUCGCGCCCUUCAUCACCGUCUUCGGGCGCUUCGGACCCAACGGCAAGAAACGCGUAGUCGCGAUGCUCCAGCGCAUGACGGGACAGGUCGUGGGCUACUGCGGCGACGGUGGCAACGACGCGGCCGCGGCCAAACAGGCACACGUGGGCAUGGCCUUGAUUGACACCAGCCAAAAUAGCCUGGCAGCAAUCGCAGCCCCAAUCAUCGUGACCGACCGGAGGAUAGAUCGCGUUGUCUCCGUAUUGUGUGACGGUCGAGCUGUGACCGACUUGAACGUCGGGAUGCUGCGUUAUUUUCAGACCAUGGGCUUGGUAACCCAUGCUAAUACUUACACUUUUUGUGGAUAAAUUACCUCUACAGAUGAAAAUGACUCCAUCAUGUUUUCCUUGAUAUGCUUGAACAAGUUUAUGUAUUUAACAAGACUGAUCAUGUAGAAGAUAAUUAUUAUCCUGGCUUGUAUAGCACAGGCUGGCCAUUGAUUUAACAUCAAUUUUUCUGACUCUCAGCUGUUCAUUUGCGUCGCGAAGCUGUGGGUUGUCGAGCAGGGUGGAUUCACGCAUGCAAACUUUUUCUUCAUGGCAGAUGUGUGUUUUGUGCCACUGAUCUGCUGGGCGCUUCCGAAGCAAGCAGGGGCGGAAGAACUCCGAGGGCCGAGUCCUAACACUGUGUUGCUUGGGCGGAAGUACAUGGGGCCGCUGUGUGCGACCGUCUUGAUGUUGCUGGGCAUGCACCAACUGUUGCGGGGCUACGGGAUUCUGCGCGGCUUCUGGUUGCCUAUCAACUUUGAUCGCGAUGAGAUCUCCCGAACCAACAUUCCAGUGCAGUUGUUCGGAAGGGGAAUGACCCAGGAGGUCGGAUUGUGGAAUGCCUACUACAUGUUUUUUGUCUUCGUAGUUUGCGCUAGCCUUGCGGGUAUGGGCCGCCGGUUUCGUGCCGGUUUUCACACGAACUGGCGAUUGUAUUUUGUGUGGCUGGUUGUGUGUCUCGUCAGCAUUUUGCCGCUUUUUCUCACUGUUAAGCAGGCUUGUUUUCUUUCAUAGACAUAACAUACUAACCACCCUCUAUUCAUCCACCUCCUUCCACCAUUUCGACCAUCAAUGACACAAGAGUACUCUGCGUGUCAUAGCAAGUGAUCACACUGAUGUACGAUGCGUAUUUUAGUCCUCGUGAUAGAAGAAAGGAUUGAAGUGAAGUAAAGCUGCGGCAUACGGGUGGUGCUCUCUCUCUCUCUCGCUCUCUAAUUAUGGGAAUAAGCACACGGCGUGGGCGAAUGUCUUCUCGCGGACCAACCUGCAUCCGGAAGAAAACGUGCAGUGGCUUCCCGAACGGCUACCACCAUUCGUCCGUCCGAUUAGUCUGAUGUUCGCUCUCGGUAGUCCAGACGGUCACCACGGCGCGGGUCGGGCAUUUCUUAAGACUUGUCCUAAUUCACCUAAGCACCUCUUGAUUACUUAGAUAGCCCCGUUUCUACGAGGUUGGAAGAAAGGGAAAAUCAACAUUGAAUCUAGUAGUUGGUACCCGCUUCGCGCGAGGAUGAGCAAAACACGCCAAAGGUGACCUUUCAGGAUGAGGACUUUUGGUACGCUCUAAACUCAUCUGGAGCGGGAAAAUUCAUUUAGAUGCGGUUACAGGAAAAGAGGAACCCAUAGACGCAGAAUACGCCGGAUGGCUCAAUCACUUUGGUACAGCAUUUAUGUUGAUGCUUCUGCCAUUCACGUAAGCCGCUAUACAGUUUUUCCUUUUUAUGUUUCAGUCAAAUAUGAUGGAUAUUCGAACUCCUUUACGGAGUCUCUACAUCAGCUUGCUCAGUCCCUUAAAGAGAGAUAUAAUAAAAUUAAAGAGAGACAUCCACAUAGGCAUUACAUGCAGAAUUGAUGUUACUUUAGCGCAACUCGGUAGACUUACCUAGUGGAGGUCUUCAAAAAUUUCUUCAUCUUACUAGUAAGUUGUCUAAUCUUCGAGUAAGCUGCAUGAAAGUGAGAGCUUGGCAAGAAGUUUCGGUUUGGAUGAGUGUCACUAAUAUGUUUAAAGAAAGGCUCGAGCAGGAUCGUGCAGCCAAUGUCGAGAGAACUGCAAGGUAGUUAAAUAUAUUGUCAGUGCUUACCCUUGACGCUUGAGCGACACCGUCGAUCAUUAUAUGCCAAACGCCUUCAAGUUUCUCGUUGUCAGUCUCUCGUCUACGACUCUGUGUCUGAUCAGUCGGGUAUCUUACUUCUAGGUCAAUCGGUAUAGUCUUUACUACCAUCGGUUAUCAGUAUUUACCAGUAAGAAACAAGCACACUCCUACGCCCAAUUCCCACAACAUAUCAUGGAUCCUCUGGACGCUGCGUGACAGUAGUCUCUAGUAUGCUUGCUUGCGUGCUCUACUGAUAAAGCCGAGACUGGAAAGUGUACAAAUAUAAACAUGGAGGAACAGGGCAAUGGACAGCCCACUUAAGGCUAUUUUCACAGUUUGUCAGUUGGGCCAAAUACUUAACAUAGGGGAAUGACUACUGCAGGGCGGAAAAUUAUUAUCAUUAUAGAUAAUUUGAGCAGCGUGCGCGACUCACGACAAAACGACACAGUUAAGGCUACUGCGUCUAUUAUUCUACUAAUUGAGUCCAUGAUUCUUCAACUCGUCAUUCUUUUCAAUGGGUGCACAAACAAUAGGGUGGACGUGCUUAUUAAGUAGUCAUAUCUGUAAGUUCAACAUUCCGCGCAGAAGUAUACUAAGCUCUACACGGCGGCAGCAAGCAGAUAAUUGGGCAGGUCCGAGACAACGCGACGGAAGUAUAGAGUUAGAAGAGUUUUCGAUCCUGUCGAAUGUUGUCGGAUGUUGACCUUGGUGAGCUAGCACCCAUAAGCAAGGCCAACAACGCCGCUCCGAUCUCAUUGCGAGCACCUACCUGCCUCUUUCCACAUAGUAGGACCUUAUGUGGCAGAAGACAGGAACUUCCACUCUGAGCGCUCUAUUGUAACUAGACUAUUGUCUCCGCCAUAUCAUCUAGAGUACGUCUACUUUCCUACUUCUUCAUUUUUCUGUUCGCUCUUACUUCUAAUUCUCAUAUCACCUAAUUAAUCUUUCCAAUCUUCAUAUACGUCAUCGACUGCAGACUAACCAAUUCCAUCCAAACUCUUACGGACAUUAACACAUAAACAAAACGAAAAAUGUCAUCCAGCAGCAAACCGCCCCUAUGUCCUGUGAUCAGGGUUUUUUUCAUCUCUAGUUGAGUAUAAUUUUUGACUAUCUAAGGCUCGCAAGCUUAUAUUGAUGCUUCUGAGCGUCGAAGUAUCUAGCAGAAGGACGCAGGAAAGACUCAGGGAAGUCGUAGAUCCAGUCCGAACCGACUGGCAUCCUCAUGCGUACACCUUUACAGUAGAGAAGGUAUGGGCCAACUUCAUUCUGCCUCUAAUGUUGGCAUGACCUACUACAGGUAGAUCUUCAUGUCGAAACUAUGCUAUGGAGACAUCUACUUGCUCAAUUACACUGUUGAGAGCAACAUUUGUAAUUGUCUUUGAAAAGACAUAUAUUUUGAAUCUCCACAGUUCCCGCCGGUAAGGCUAACCCGAUACCCAAGCCUUGCAGCUGCGAUGGCGAGCUACCAGAGAACAUUGCGGACGCGAUAUCAACCGAGAAGCCUUUUCCAGACGCGAUAACAGUACUAUCCAUCAUUUUUACUAUAAGUUGUUUGAUAUCCAGCGGUGUCUUCGUGAAUGAGUAGCAUGAAAGGUUGACUCACGACGACUUCGAAUCGUUCCUUUUUUGAUCCUUACACCAGCCUGACAAGGACUGGGACGACCUUUUCGGGCCAGCGAAAACAGCGAAGCAAAUCUUUGCCGUGGAUGGAGAUGACGGGAAGCGUCGAUAUUGCUACCUCAGUCACAGGGAUCCGUGUAGCUCUUAUGGGUGGUUUUUCAUCAUCCUAUUCCUAUCGUAGGUAGGUAGAUGAUAAUAUGUGGUCAAAUCAUGGAUGUUGCAGGUCGUGGCGGUCCUGCAAGUUGACAAAAGCUAGGUAAAAAAGCUAGUGAAAUGGUAAGAUGCCCCCGCUCAACAAGUCGGGAUGAUGAAAACACUACCACUUCUAAGGCCGCGUUCAGUUACCAGGAGGAAGCGAGCCGUCGCUAGUUGAGAACGGAGCAAACCUGUGGGUUCUGAAGCACAACAAUUUCUUAGGCAAGGACACAGAAGGCGGCGACGUCUGGCAGUUUGGCCUUGUCUUCGUGUUUGGAGCAUUCAUAACUUUUUUCCUCCUUUAUCUCUUCAUCGGCUACGUAGACUAUUAAGUAAGUAAGCAGUGUCUUCUUGUUGUCUGGGAGUCGACCUCAUAGUUGGCUGCCAUUUUGUCUCUACGGUGUUAGAGGAGGGCCUUAUCAGGGGCACACACAUAACAAGCAUCCCUUGUGUGGUGUCGAUCCCGGGGAUAGGGUGGAGGACGAUUUUUUCUCAGUUUACGUAGAAAGUUUGGUUUUCUUUUUCUGACAAUAGUACCAAGUACGUCUAGCACUGAGAAAUACAAAUAUGCGGUAAGCUAUCGCAUAUGCCAGAAGGAACGAAGUCGUCUUCAUAAUCUUCCGUAUUGUACAGACUUUUUGUUAUCGCUUUUAUCGCAAGGAGUCUCUGACUCUCAUUUUUGGAAUCGACACAUUGACUACCCCAGAGCAACACACACACCAUGAUCAUAGAGCAUAGUUUACUCUGUAUCUCCCAAACCAUGACGGCUUGCUGGCUCUACGUUAUGGAAAGUUAUAUUCUACCUCACAUACACACAUUCACACAGUCAUACAUGUGUAUAAAUACGCAGACACGCUGCCCUAUGCAGUCAAGUCACUAUCAAAUCACACAAACUUACUUACAUUUAAUAGCGUCCACAAUUGUUUCGAGUAUAGCCGAACCGCAUGAAAUAGGAAUAAAAUGAAUGAUAUUUUUCCAAGAAGAUUCACUAAUACCAGUUUCUAGCAAAUCAAUACCACAGUAACAAAAAGUAACAAGCUUCUAAAUUUUCUGAUACUUAGUGCACAGAGGGGAACAAACCUUCUGUCUUCUGCCUUACCGUUGAAAAGAGUCGCAGUUUAUUGAAAACACAAAUAAAGUGAAAAAGUAUGCACCGUGUAGUAGAGGUAACUGUAUAUAUGCAUGAUUGUGCAUAAAGCAAAUUGAGUUGUAUGAUCACACAUCGUUCUUCUCUCGGGAAAUUAAAAUGGAGACCGCACCAUCAAAAAACAUAAUUUAUAACGCAAUGGUAAACGUAUCCCCAGUCAAGUGCAGUUGCACACGUAGUUGAACACCACCCCACCCCAUUUCUAUAGUGCCCACUUAGUGCCUGGAUGUAUAACCACCUAUCCUAAUCCCAGAGUAUAGUAGCUUUCUCACUCAAUAUAUCCGUCCUGUGCGGCAGGCGCCAUGUAUACCGAGGAACUCUAGGUUAGAGCCUUGAAUCAUAUGCGUGUGAUUUGCAUUCAGCGCGCUUCACGGUCUUACCUCGGAGAAAAAAAGUGCAGAAACCCGAAACUCCCGUUUCCAUGAAUCCCGUGUGAAAAACCUUCUUUCCGACUGGGCAGGUUCGUGUGCACCAUAUCAAAAGAUGAAAGAAGUGACUUGCUUCUAGAAAAUACUAUGCAUUUCAACCAACUUCCCAAUGAAACGCUAAAGCCUGCUGCGAAGCGUAGCUUCUUGCUGCGUGCCGACUUUCCGAAGUAU